CUGAGUGACGCGCCAGUAGGAGUCGGACUCUGCGUUGCAAUAAAGAGGCAGCGGCGGCCGAGAGCACAGAACAGUGGAGCCGAGGGGCGUCCCGACACUACAGCUGCUCCGCCACCACCACCCCCACACCGCCGUGCCUGCGCAGCUCUGCCCACCGAGGGAACAUGCUGCCGCUCCGGCCGUCUCAUUGACGCAUCCACAGCAAUAAACAAGGCUGCUCAGCGGACUUCCACACCUUGACCCUCCAGCAGGACCCCCGAGCUGCAGGAGGACGAUUUAAUCAAUCCAUUUCAUCGAAGGCCUGUUGGAUUUCGCAUAGCAGCCAUGGGCAGCAAGACUCUGCCAGCACCAGUCCCUCUCCACCCGUCCCUCCAGCUGUCCAACUACUCCCUCCUCCAGAGCUCUGCAGGCCUCCAGCUACCAGCAGAUCAUUUUCACAGCAUCUACAGCUUCAGUGCCCUACACGCCAUCCACCUCCACCAGUGGACCCUCGGCUACCCGCCUUUGGCCCUGCCCCGCUGCACCAUCUCCAAGCUGCCGGCCCAGUUCCCCUCCAUGGCCUCCAUACCCAUAUUCCCUCACCUCCUGCAGCCCAAGCAGGACACAGCGGGGUUGCUACAGACCUCCAAGAACAAGCCCCGCUUUGACUUUGCCAACCUUGCAGCAGCUGCCACCCAGGAGGAUCAUCUGAAGGCAGAGGACCUGAGUAUGACGGGUGCUGCUGCCACUGCACAGGCAUCAUCUCACCACCCAACCUCAGCUGGCCUCGGAUGCCUCCUGGACGUCACCAAACUGUCUUCGCCGGAGCGCAAGUCCAGCCGAGGCCGACUGCCCUCCAAGACCAAGAAAGAGUUUGUCUGCAAGUUCUGUGGCCGCCAUUUUACCAAAUCCUACAACCUUUUGAUCCACGAGAGGACGCACACAGAUGAGAGGCCAUACACCUGUGAUAUCUGCCACAAAGCCUUCAGAAGACAGGACCACCUCCGGGACCACAGGUACAUUCAUUCCAAAGAAAAGCCCUUCAAAUGUCAGGAGUGUGGGAAGGGCUUCUGUCAGUCCAGGACUCUGGCUGUCCACAAAACAUUACACAUGCAGGUCAAGGAACUGAAGCCAGCCAAGAUCAAAUGAUUCACUCUGCCAGCAAGGAAAGGAUGGGGACACUGUAAAAACAAGACCAAAGACAACAACAGUCAAAGGACAACCAAAGACUUUUUCAUCUCAGCUGUUGGAGGUUGAACCCUCCGCUUCUAUGGAAAUACUUUUCAAGGAUGAAAUAUUUCACCAGCCACUUCUAAAAGAAAAUAAUACGGAAAUAAACCUUGAUGGAGAAGUGUAUGCGUAGUUGUCAAAGCCUGACUUGGCAGAGAAACUAGUGCAUGUGUGGAAUGUGAAAUGGACCUUAAGAAAAAAACAAAAACAAAACCCUUGUGGCUCCUCAGAAGCUUGUAAUCCAAAGAAGUUCUAAAAGGGACAUAACUCUUAUGCAAUUUUCUUUUUUUUACAAAAACUGAGAAUUAUAAAAGCCAUGUUAGCAUAGACACGUCUUCCUCCUUUUCAAUAUCACACUCCAAUGUUAUUUUUGUACAGAUACAUUAUAUAAAAAUGUAUUUUUGCACUUUAACCUGAUUAUUAUUUACAUAUAUCACUGGAUUUCUUAAACUUAUUUUCAAAAUUAAUAAUCAUUUCUAAAUAAAAUAUUUUGCUGUAACUGGU